CCUCAAGGAUGCUCAGUGUGGGAGAGCUCUGGCACUCCACGAGCUGCUUGCUGCUUCCAGAGCUUCUUUCAUUUUCACUUUUCUGCGCGCUUUUCUGUGCAGCUCCACCCGUGGCUCCCUGCGUCGCAAAGACUUCGGGUGCAGCAGCCUGUGCAAGGAGCUCCAUCUGCCCCUGCAAGGAGCCCCUGCAAGGAGCCCCUGCAAGGAGCCCCUGCAAGGAGCUCCAUCUGCCCCUGCAAGGAGCUCCAUCUGCCCGGGCGGGAGCGCCGAGCCCGGGAAGCCCAGCGCAGGAAGCCCGGGGCUGGCGGCUGGAAACUGCCCCGCGCUGCCGUGGGUGCUGGGGACGAGCUGCUGUGAGCCCCUGUCCUCCGCAGAUGUCCCGGGAGCCGUGGCGGCCGAGGCAGCGCUGCUGCCCGCGGAUCCCGCAGCCCCGGGGCGGGCGGGCGCGGCUCGCCGUGCUGCUGCUGCUGGGGCUCUGCGCCGGGGCUCUGCUCCUCGCCGGGCAGCCCCUCGUGCCCACCGCCCGCAGCCUCGCCUUCCACUUCGCCACCCUGCAGAUCGGGGCGCUGCUCAAGGGCACCUGCUACCUGGCCGAGGAGAUCUUCCACCUGGAGUCCAGGCACCACGGCAGCUUCUGGAGGGCCCUGAGCACCUGCUUCCCCCCGUGCUGGCACGGGCCCCUGCUCCUCGUCUGUGCCUCAGCCUACAUGGCUCUCAGUGAUGGGCAGCCACUUGGCCUCCACCUCAUCCUGGCCAGCCUGUGCCAGCUCCUCAUCCUUGCCCUGGGGCUCCAGAAGCCCUCAGCAGUGGAGAUAUCUGAGAUGUCCGAGAGGUCCAAGCAGAACGUCGCUCAUGGGCUUGCCUGGUCCUAUUAUGUUGGGUACCUAAAAAUAGUCCUGCCACGGUUUAAAAAGUCCAUGGAGGAAUUCAGCAGAGCCAAUCCCAACCUGCUGGCGUGCAGGAAGACCUGGAAGCUCCACAUCUUGGUCCCUCUGAACUGUGAUGUCUAUGAUGACCUGGAGAAAGCUGACAGCAACAUCCAGUAUGUGACAGACCUUACUGAAACCACCCUGGCCCGAGCUGGCACCAAAAAGAGGGUCUACAAACACAGCCUCUAUGCAAUCAGGGAUGAAGAAAAACAGCCCUGGCACUGUGCUGUGGAAUAUGCCACCCCGCUGCAGUCCCUCUACGCCAUGUCACAGGAUGAGUGUGCUGCCUUCAGCCGGGAGGAGCGCCUGGAGCAGGCCAAGCUUUUCUACAGGACCUUGGAGGAGAUCCUGAAAGGCUCCAAGGAGUGUGCAGAUGCCUACCAGCUCAUUGCCUACGAGGAGCCAGAAGAAGCAGAGAGCCACUUCUUGUCCAGAGAGAUCGUGUGGCACUUGCAGCAGGAGCACCACGAGGAGAUUGCUGUGCUUGAGGGGAGCCACCCGCACACCCCAUCCACGGCCCUGGACUCAGCAGAGCUCAACCUGCAGGUCAGCGUGUCAGACCUGCCACAGCCACUGCGCACUGACGGCUUCUGACACACAGCCCCUCACUGCCCCGUGGGGCUCAGGUCACCUUUCCCAAACCCCUUCCUCUUGGAGCAUGUGCUAGCCAUGGCUGCAACCCCCAGCUCCCACCCAAACCUCCUGUGCACCACGGUUACUGGAGCAGCUGACUCAGCCCACAGCCCUGUGACAUGCUUCCCAUUUUCUUUGUUAUGUGCAGCUCAUGUGUUCUUCUGUGGGUGUAUUGUUUUUUUAUCAGCUUUCAUUUGUGUUGUAUAAAGCACUUUUCUCUCUGGGACAAGUUGCAGUAUCCUAAAUUUUGGGUACAAUGUGCAGUCUGCCAAGUGGGAUAGGAAAAGGUUUUUCCAUCAGAGGGUGGCUGGGCACUGAAGAGGCUCCCCCAGGUAAUGG